AUGCGCUUUUCCAUAUUUCCGCUUGUGUUUCUCGCUCUCAUAUCUGUUGCUUCGGCCGCACCUUUCAAUGCAGCAUCUAUCAAUGACCUGAGGAUUCGUGGUCCUUCAGCGCAUGUCCCGGGUACUCCCAAAUCUUUCGAAAAUUCAGCGCAACAUUCAUGCCCGCCAUCCAAGAAGCUCUCGGAUUCUUUCAAGUCAAAAUUGUCGCAGCUGAAAACAAAAAUUGCAACACUGAAGGGAGAGGUGAAAGAAGUUACAUCAUCCCCGAGGUGGAAAGAGAAGGUUGACCAGCUGAAGAGGCUCAAAGAGGAAUUCGGGGACUGGCGGAGGUCAGGAAAAGGACCACCGCCUCAACAUGACACUACGACGAUCAUUGUCAUUGACGACAACAACAACUGUCCAGAUGAUUCGCCCCGCCUCUUGGAUCAGGUAGGGCGAGUUAACACUGAAAUUUCGAGGUUGGAGUUGCCCGAUCAGAUGGAUCCAGAAGUGGUAGAUAAAUUCCAAGUACUCGCGGAUGGACUUGGUCAGAUUAUGAGUCAAAUAGGAGACAGUGCAGGACAGUUUGCGGGACAGGCAGCGGAUUUCGCAGGACAAGCAGCAGAAGUGAUUGGCGAAAUAUUGAGUGCAUUAGGUGAUACUCCAUAA